AUGUGUGACGCAUCUGACCUUAGCGUGGGAGCCGUUCUAGGCCAAAGGAGUAAAGAAGGACCACACGUGAUAUCCUAUGCCUCUAUGACUCUCGACUCGGCUCAACGCAACUACUCGACAACGGAAAAAGAGCCUUUUGCUGUCAUUUUUGCAUUAGAAAAAUUUCAUUCUUAUUUAUUAGGAACUAAAAGUUUUGUUUUUUCCGAUCAUGCAGCGCUGAAAUACUUGAUGAACAAAAAAGAAGCAAAGCUGAGGUUGAUACGAUGGAUUCUCUUACUGCAGAAGUUCGAUCUUGAAAUCAAGGAUAAAAAGGGAAGUGAAAACUUAGUAGCUGACCACCUAAGCCAUUUGCCUACUUCACCAGUCGAACCUCCCCUACGAGAACAAUUUCCAGAUGAAACAUUGAUGGAAGCACACGCAUCAUUCCCAUGGUGCCAAAGAGUGAGAAAUCUAAGUCGAAGGAGUGAGAUGCCAUUAAAUCCUAUACACAUCUGUGAAAUUUUCGAUGUGUGGGGGCUCGAUUAUAUGGGGCCAUUUACCUCAUUAUUUGGAAAUUUAUACAUUAUUUUGGCUGUUGAUUACGUUUCGAAAUGGAUAGAGGCGAAAACCACCCGAGAAAAUGAUGCGAAAACCACAACUAAUUUUUUAUGUGAUUUUAUUUUCUCAAGAUUUGGAACUCUGAGAGCGAUCAUUUGCGAUAGAGGAACACAUUUCGUUAACCGAGUCGUUGAAGCUUUGAUGAAGAAAAAUGGCGUGACUCAGCGGACAGCGACAGCUUAUCAUCGGCAAACCAACAGACAAGCAGAGGUUUCAAAUCGAGAAAUCAAGUCAAUCCUAAAGAAGACCGUUAAACCAAACUGGAAAGAUUGGAGCUUGAAGUUAGUUGAUGCAUUGUGGGCAUAUUGCACGGCCUACAAAGGACUUAUCGGGAUGUCACCUUACCGACUUGUUUUCAGCAAACCUUGCCACUUGCCUGUUGAACUCGAGCAUAGGGCAUUUUGGAUGGUGAAGGAAUGUAAUAUGGAGAUGAACACUGUUGGCGAAGCACGAAAACUUCAUAUCCAAGAGCUUGAGGAGAUUCGCCGCAACGCUUACGAUAGCGCACAAAAUUAUAAAUAG